CAAACUCCCUACGACCUUGCAACUGCUGAUGAUGUUAAAUCCUUGCUUCUGGAUGCCACUCCUCAAUCAGUAUCUACUUUGAAGACAAUAACGAAGGACUUGCCUCCCGGUGCUCUCUCCCUCCUUCCUCUCUCUGGUAGUCUGGCAAACCCCGCUUCUGCAGCUGCCAUCGGUCUCGCCAUGACGUCAGCUGACAGUGAUCCGGUCACAGUUUCCACUCCACCUAAAUCUGGUUUAAGUGACAAUGAACCUCGCGUUGAGGGGCAAGGCCAAGAGGCCGCUGUUUGCUUACCUAAUGCUCUUCCAAGUGUUCUCAGCCAGUCGAUCGGCAUUUCGUCUGCUUUGUCCAAGCUGACAGUCUCCGCUUUCCUCAUUCAACUUGGACUAAGUCAACUUAUCGACCUUUUUGAACGUGAACAGGUAUUGCAUUUUUUCGAACCAUGCUAUGGCCUGAUACAUAUGAUUAAUUCUCUUAUGCUUGCUCGGAAAGACGGAGGGGAAAAUGAUCAAGUAAUAAGACAAUAA